ACGGCAUAACUUAAUUUUCAGAAAACAGGAAAAUAGAUAUAAUUAGCUAGAUGGGGCUCAAGUACUGGUUGUGUACAGUACUUAUUCCACUAUUAAUACAAUGUUGGUGCUGCGGUGGUUGUUUGGAGCAAGAGAGAACUGCUCUCCUACAACUCAAAGUAUUUUUUAAUGGUCGACCUUUGAGAAAUUGGGGGAGAGGAGAUCACAAUUCAGAUUGUUGUCAAUGGGAAAGGGUCGAGUGCAACCCCUCCACUGGACGUGUUAUUGCACUCUAUCUUAAUUCCACAAGGGCUGGAUUAUAUAAUAGCCGUCCUUACUGGUAUUUGAAUACCUCUUUAUUUCUUCCAUUUGAGGAAUUGAAAGGUCUUUACUUGCCUGAGAAUAGCAUAGCUGAUUGCAUUGAAAAUGAAGGUUUUGAUAGGCUUUCUGAGAAAUUGACUAAUUUGGAAAUCCUUGAUUUGAGUGAGAAUUUCUUCAAUAAUAGCAUUUUGUCAUCUUUGAGUGAACUUAUGUCUCUCAAGUCUCUAAAUCUGAGCUGGAACAACAUAAAUACAUCAAACCAUAUAAAUGAAUUCGAUGCUUUGAGCAACUUAGAAGAACUAGAUAUGAGUUACAACAUGCUCAACCAAUUUGUGGCUGCCACUAAAGCCAAUACAAGUUUCAACAAGUUAAAGUCCCUUCAUUUAGGUGGUUAUUAUUAUGACUACAAUGAUGAUUAUGAUCAAUACAAUGACAGUGGUGUUCAACUGCAGCAACUAUCACUAGUGGCAUUCCCAUCACUAAAAACCCUAUCUUUAUCCGAAAACAAUAUUAACAAAACCAUGCUUAAUCAAAACCUGCAUGUUUUGAGCAAUCUAGAGGAGCUUUUCUUGUACAACUCCCAUCUUGACAACAACUUUCUACAACGCAUUGGUGUGUUCACUUUUCUCAAGUCAAUAUCUUUAGAAGGAUGUGGCCUAACUGGUACAUUACCUACUCAAGGUUGGUGUGAUUUGAAGAACCUUAAAGAGUUCAAUCUUCGUCGAAAUGAACUGUCAGGGAUUCUGCCUUCUUGCUUGGGUAAUUUGACCUCUCUUCGACUUUUGGAUAUCUCCCAAAAUCAAUUCAUUGGAAAUGUUGCGUCCUCUCCCCUAACUCAUCUUACAUUGCUACGAUAUCUCUCUAUUUCAAACAAUCACUUUCAAGUUCCAGAUUCAUUCAAGUCAUUUGCAAACCAUUCCAACUUGAAAGUCUUCUUGGGUGAUUUCAAUCAAUUAGUCUCAGAACAUGAUCAUGCUCAAACAAGGGUUUCAAAGUUCCAACCGAGUAUCUUCAGCCUAUCAAACUGCAGGGCAAAAGAACAACUAAUCAAACCUCCUAGCUUCCUUUAUAACCAAUAUGACUUGAAACUUGUUGAUCUUUCUUUUAACAAAUUUGGGGGAGCCUUGCCUUAUUGGUUAUUCGAAAACAAUACGAGAUUACAAGUUUUUCUUGUGACAAAUAACUCUUUUUUGGGUCUUUUCCUCUUGCCAUCACAUCCUAAUCUGGAUGUUUUAGGAAUAGAUAUUUCCAACAACCAAAUACAAGGUCAAAUCCCAUCAAAUAUCAGUUUAGUUUUUCCAUUUGUGGAGAAAUUGUUGUUGUCUGGAAAUGCCCUUAAAGGCAAAAUUCCCAAGUGGUUGGGUGGGAUGAACUCUUUACAAAUUUUGGACCUAUCCAACAACCAAUUCUUCGGUUCAAUGCCAGACCAGUUAGCUAUGGGAAACUCAUUAUAUAGUCUCAAACUUUCCAAUAACAACCUCAGUGGGAAAAUAGCUACAACCAUAUUCAACUCACAAUCACUUCAAUACUUAUAUCUAGAUGGAAAUAAUUUGGAAGGAGAGAUACCUCAACUUUCUAGCUCUUCAUUUCUAGAAGUAUUGGACAUAAGCAACAACCAUUUGUCAGGCAACCUUCCGAGAUGGAUAAGAAAUUUCACUCAAUUAGGUAGCUUGGUUUUGUCUAACAAUUAUUUCGAGGGUUCAAUUCCAAAGGAAUUUUGCUAUAAUACUGCGCUUCAAUUUCUAGACCUUUCUAAGAACAAUCUUUCUGGUUCUUUACCAUCUUGCUCCAAUCCAUUAAACAUAGCACAUCUCUACUUAAGCAAAAAUAGAUUGAAUGGUUCAUUGACACAUUCAUUCUGCAACAUAUCUUCUUUGGUGAUACUAGAUCUAAGACAAAAUGACCUUACUGGAGGAAUUCCAAAAUGGAUUGGCAACUUUUCUAAGUUGAGUAUUUUGCUACUAAAAGAUAAUCACUUUUUUGGUAAAAUUCCCAUUGAAGUAUGUGAGUUGGAACAAUUGAGCAUGAUUGAUCUAUCUCAUAAUCAGCUUUCUAGUUCUAUACCUUCUUGUUUGAGUCAUUUAACUCUUAAACCAAGUAGACCAGGGUAUUUUUUUGAGGGAGAUCUGAGCACAAUUAUAACUUUCUUUGAACUCAAAGAUCAAUCAUUCAAAAACUGGGAAAAUACAACAAUGAUGGUGGAGGUGGUAGAUGAAGUGGCAAUAGUAUUUAGUAUUCGAAUUAGUCAUGCAAAAGAUGAGGUAGAGUUUACAACAAAGAGGAGCUUAUACACUUUUGAAGGUCAUAUUCUUAAUUAUAUGUCUGGAAUUGAUCUCUCCUGCAACAAAUUAACAGGCUUAAUCCCACCUGAAAUGGGAAACUUGAGUGAAAUCCAUUCACUUAACUUGUCUCACAACAACCUAACGGGACCCAUUCCAUCCACCUUCUCAAGUUUGAGGCAAAUCGAGAGUUUAGACCUUUCUUUCAAUGACUUGAAUGGUGAGAUUCCAUCUCAACUUAUUGAACUCAACUCUUUGGAAGUUUUUAGUGUUGCACACAAUAACCUGUCAGGCACUAUCCCAUAUGGAAAAGCACAGUUUGGGACCUUUGAAAAGAGCAGUUAUGAGGGAAACCCCCUUCUUUGUGGACCCCCAUUGGAUAAAAGUUGCAAGGAAACCAAUUCACAACCAAAGGUGCCAGAUUCCUUAGAUGAAGAAAAAGAAUGCAGUUCCAUAGAUAUGGAUAUUUUCUACAUCAGCUUCAUGGUUACUUAUGUGAUUGUGUUGCUGUCAAUUGUAGCAGUCCUGCACAUAAAUCCACGUUGGCAACGAACAUGGUUUUAAUUGGUUGAGAGUUGUGUCACCAAUUGCUACUACUUUAUCAUGGACAAUCUUUCUAGAUUCUAGUAUUGUUUUCUUAUUUGUGCACAUGUAUCCUACUAUAUGCAAUGGUAUUCAUAAUAUGCAAUUUCAAUUUCCAUAAAUUAGUAGUACGUAC